UCACUGGUCGGGCAAUUGUAUCAGCAAAUUCCUUGAAAAGUCAUCAACCCAAAGGCAAUGAACAUUGUGAUAGGUGAGUAGUACAAGUCCCUCCUUCACUGCUGCUAGACGGACUGACUGCACAACAACUGGAUAUGAGAAAGAAUGCAACAAGUAAAGUAAAAUGUGGAAUAUAUUCUAGUAGACAAUUCAUUAGAUGGACAGCUAUUAAAAGACAAAGUGUAAAAUUAGGGUGUUUCAACUUUUUAGUUCAGACCAAAGUUAUUUCGGAGAAAGAAGGAUACUUCAGACCAAGUCAAAAAGGUGAUGGAAUCAAGGCUAUCAAAAGAUAGUUUGAAGUUAUAGCUAUGGAUUUAUUUUUAAAGGUGCAGGUAUUUUUGACAGGGGUUCCUAUUCCUCUGUUGCUAUUUUUAACUAGGUUAUACUCACGGGGAUGCGUGUAAUUUGCUAGGGCAAAGGGGACAGAUAUUGCAUAUUCAUGUCAACCAAUGAUCUCACCGUUUCAUCACAACCCCGACUUCUACAUUGCAUUAAGCCGGAGGUUCGGAAGCUAUAACAGAGUCAACGUUGUUCUCUACAGUUUUCGCCAUUCUCUGCAACAUGGCCAGCUACGGUCAAAGCGCACCGAUCUUGGAGUAUUCUGGCGAGGCGGGUCAACUAGUCGACGAUCCAGAAUUCAACCUGUCCGUAGAAAACAGCCAGAGUUUGAUCAAAAAGGUGUUGGAGGCUAUUCCUGCGACACACACAUCGUGCAUUCAUUCUGAGACCCUGAUUCUUAACUCGAGCAGUGAGAACAGGAAACUACAAUACCUGGCGAUCAACCUUGGCAUCCCCUCUGCUCCCACACUCAACGCCUUGACAGAUAACUUUACUCUGGAGACCUGUCUGAGACGUAUGUCAGAGGGACUACAGGUGCACCAGGACCUGCUAAGAGCUGUCGUACAACGCCUGGCCAACACAGAGAGCAUCACUGCACUGCUGACUGAUAUCAGAGAUCUCCGCAUCCAGAUCAACAGGAUGCUGAAAGCGGUCCAAGUGGCGGAGAGCCCGUUGGCGGUGCAGCCCACAGCCACAAGCCUGGCCUCUCGUCUCACUGGGGACUAUGAGGUUCAGGUAGCCACACAUCUGACUCUGGUGCAGCUCCAAAGCUUUGGCCAGGACAUAGUCCGCAGUCUAAGGAACAUAGCCCAAGCAAAUGGGGAGAGGGAUUGAGCCAAAACUGACUUGAAAUUGCCAUGUUUUUAUGGUGAUCUAUUAUUUUAUUUAUUUAUGAUCUAUUUAUUAUUUAGUCUAUUUAUGAUUAGAUGUGUAUUUAUAAAUGCUUAAAAUAUAAUUGAAAUGCUUUUUUAUAUGUUGUAAUUACAGUGCAUUUGGAAAGUAUUCAGACCCCUUGACUUUUUCCAGAUUUUGUUACAG